AUUAUAUAUGUUUUUCUGUUCCUUUAUUUCAUUUCUGAACAACACUUAGAUUUUAGUUUUUUGAUUCAGACACAUUUUUUUGAAUAAAAAAAGCAUCCAGUCCACUUCAUACCAUGUCUGAACUGGGUUCUGGCUGCAGUGUUCAUACCAUGUCUGAACUGGGUUCUGGCUGCAGUGUUCAUACCAUGUCUGAACUGGGUUCUGGCUGCAGUGUUCAUACCAUGUCUGAACUGGGUUCUGGCUGCAGUGUUCAUACCAUGUCUGAACUGGGUUCUGGCUGCAGUGUUGCAGUCCAGACAAGCUCACAACAGGGUCCAGAGAUGGCAUCAGUGAAGCUGGAGGACUGCAAUAAAACACUGGAGCUCAAUGUGAUUGUCAAAGAGGAGGAGGAGGAGCGAGAAAUCGAGGAGGAGGAGGAGGAGGAAGAAGAGGAUGAGGAAGAUAAUGACAUUGACUCUGAUAUGGAAGAAGAGGAGGACCAGAAAGAAGGAGGUGUGGCUAACCCAGGGCUUGUUAUUGUUAAAAGAGAGGAUGAGGAGGAGAGGGACAGAGAGAAGGAUGAAGAGGAGGAGGAGGAAGAGGAAGGUGUGGAUAGGACCAAGCCAGGAGAGGGUGCCAGCUCUGACCCAGACAGCCUUGGGGACCCUGACCCGGAGAGACCGUACCUCUGCUCCCAGUGCGGCAAGCGGUUUACUGCAGCCAGCAGCUUGAAGAUACACAUGAUGACCCACAGCGGAGAGAAACCCCACCAUUGUUCCGUUUGUGGGAAGGCCUUCUUGCGAUCCUAUGACCUGAGACGACACCAGGUGGUUCACAAGGUACAUGGAGAGGUUGCCAGAUCUGACACAGACCUCUCUGAGAAGCACCACCGCUGCUCCGAGUGCGGAAAGAGGUUCCUCACAAAGACGCGGCUGAACAGACAUGCGCUGAUUCACAGCGGAGAGAAACCACAUCAGUGCUCUGUCUGCGGGAAGUGUUUCUUACGACCCGACGACCUGAGGAGACACAUGACCAUCCACACCGGAGAGAAAACCAAGCACGUCUGCCAUCCGUGUGGGAAAACCUUCACCUUGCUACGGCACCUCAAGAUCCACCAGCGAGUCCAUACAGGAGAGAAACCAUACCACUGCUCCAAGUGCCCGGAGAGUUUCGCCCACCUGUUGGAGUAUAGGAAGCACAGACAGACCCACCGUAUCGAGAAACCAUACCACUGUGAUGACUGUGGCAAGAUGUUCUCCCACUUCAGAACCCUCAAGGUUCAUCGUCUGAUCCACACAGGAGAGAACCUCCACCACUGCUCCUACUGCGGGAAGGGCUUCACAAUCAGAGGGAACCUCAACACCCACCUACUGACCCACACCAAGGAGAAACCGCAUCAGUGCCCCAUCUGCGGACAACGCUUCGCCAGAUCCCAGUGCCUGAAAAAACACAAGCUCAAGAAGUUACACAUGGAAGAGGUCCUCUACCACAUCUGCGACUGCGGUAAGAGCUUCACGGAUGUAGAGAAGCUGCAGACGCAUGCAAGGACGCACUUGAAGAACCUUGAGAAGAGGUUCUGCUGCUCGUACUGCGGUCGUACGUUCGUACGGGCUGGUGACCUUCAAAGCCACCAGAGAACACACACUGGAGAGAAACCGUACGUCUGCACUAUAUGCGGGACCCGUUUCGCCCAGUCUGGGAACCUGAGAGUGCACCAGAUCACGCACACUAAAGAGAGGCCGUACCCUUGUACUGUCUGUGAUAAGGGGUUCACCACACCGGGGAGUCUGAAGGUGCACAUGAGGCUCCAUACAGGGGAGAAGCCGUACGUCUGUAGCCUGUGUGGGAAAGGGUUCCAUGUACCCAAAUUGCUGAAGAAACACCAGGAGCAUCACACAAGUGAGAUGACAGCCUCCUUGGACAUGACAUAG